AUGAGAAACUUGUUAAAAAAUCUUUGUAGUCAUAAAAGAGAUUUACAAAAGCGGUCACAAGAUUUAUUUAAAGACGAAGAUUAUGAUUUUAUCAUGGAUUUUCCAAAACGUUCAAUCGAUACACAAAAUCGCAAGAAACUAUUGUCAAAGAAUAUUGAAAUUCGUUCGCUUGCACUCUUCAUUUCUUUCAGAAAAGAUGCGAUUUGUGAAUGUGAAUUAGACGAUGAUCAAUUUCAUAUAUUUGGUUUUCAUCCUAUUUUUCGUGAUUUUUCCAAGCGCUCAAGAUCAUCAAAAACACGAGCUGCAACAGAAUUUGUUCAAGAAUGUGCAUUGAAUUGCUGGGCAAACGGGUGGAAUAUCGUAGUUUUAGUAUAUUCUAAUUCUAGAUUUUGUGAAGAUAUUACUAAAUUUAUAAAAGAAAUCCGUAGAGUUUGCGACAAUCUGACUUUGGAUAUUAUUAUCAUUCAACCAAAGAAUAAUGAAAAUAAUAAUGAAAAUAAAGAGAAUAAUGAUUAUAUUAAACAUUUUCAUACAAACGCUGGUCCCACUGCUCUGAUCUUUCAAGCUCAAAAAUUUGAAAAAGGUUGUUGGCUUCAAGAAAAAAUUCGUCUUGCUUGGAGCGCUCGUGGUGCAUUUAUGAUUGGUAGAAACAAUGAAAGUUCAAAACGUAAAGAUUGGGAGUCUCCAAAGCCACCAAAUGGCGAAAUUUUUAAAGAAGUUGUAAUGAAAAAAGCAAUUUUAGAGAAAUUCUCUCAACAUAAAUAUUUACGAUAUAAAUUACUUUCCACAAGUAAUGCAUCGUUAAUCGAACAUACUGAUAAUGAUUCUUAUUGGGGUGAUGGAGAGGUAUUAAACAAAUUUGGAUGA